AUGCUUGCGGCAAACGACCUCACACCAUCACACCACAAAAAGCGCAUAUACCCCGAGCCUGACUUCGUCAACGAGAGGACCGGAGGAAAGAAAGGGAGCUACCCCAUGAGAUUCAAACUGAAAGCAGCCGCAUUCACGCGAGUCCUUUGCGAGGAUGGUCAACCAUUGGGAAAUUCCGGAGCGGCGAAACUUCUCGGGGUGGAUCGCAGGCGCAUCAUCACCUGGGUCGGCGAGGAGGCAACAAUGAAGAAGCUGGGAACAUCGCGGCUGCGGAAGCAUGGAAGUCAUGAACAGCUGCUUGAGCUGAAGCCUGACGCUCUCGGCGGGUUGACAACCGCUGCGUCGGCGGAGGAGACAUUGGCUUUCAAGACCAAGUUCAAGAACUGGCACCAUCGUUUCCGCGAACGGCGCGGUGUCAGCAUCCGCCGGCACACCAACGUGGGACAAAAGCUACCGACGGGGUACGAGGGUUUGGCGUUCGCGACGUUGAUGAAGCUUCGUACGGCCCUCUUGGAGCGCGCCGGUGAGAUCUACGCUCGGCGCCACCCGCCGGCACCUGACGAGAGCCCCAUCAAAGGGAAGGACCUCAGUCCCGCGCAGCUAGAGUCGGUUGCCGCGGAAGUGUUCGAAGAACUCGGCAACAUGGACCAAACGCCAGUCCAGCAGGAGAUGCCAGUGGAAACAACUCUGGAGAAGCGCGGUGCAAAGGAUGCACGCAUCAGCACGGGAGGAAAAGAGAAAGACCGUUUCACGCUAUGUCUUGCUGUCAUGGCGGACGGUGGCAAGGUUCCCCUGCAAAUCAUUUUCAAGGGCAAGCCAUUCAUCCCGCCUAGCACGGCGGGCCGGGGAAGGAACACACAGCCCCGCAAGGGCUCCAUUGCGGCCGAGAGCCUUCCUGCCAACCGCACCAAGUUCGGGUACCCUAAAGACCGUUUCACGCUAUGUCUUGCUGUCAUGGCGGACGGUGGCAAGGUUCCCCUGCAAAUCAUUUUCAAGGGCAAGCCAUUCAUCCCGCCUAGCACGGCGGGCCGGGGAAGGAACACACAGCCCCGCAAGGGCUCCAUUGCGGCCGAGAGCCUUCCUGCCAACCGCACCAAGUUCGGGUACCCUGUGUCCGGCAUGUCUUUCGGCGUGCAGGAGAAAAACUGGUGUGACGCGCGCGAGUGCAUCCUGUGGCUGUCCGAAAGCUGGAGCAUCUUGGUGUUGGACGACUUCAGGUGCCACCGUAGCGAAUCCUUCAUCGAGGACCUCCGGAGGAGGACAAACACCAUCGUCAUCCUCAUCCCGGGCGGGUUGACUCCUCUUUUUCAGCCGCUGGAUCGCAUGCUGAACAAAGAGAUGAAGCGAUUGAUGCGGGGGCGGUACACACAGUACAUGGCGUCGGCGAUCGCAGACCCAAGACGGGCAAGCUUCAACCGCCGGGGCGUGUGCUCGUGUCGACGUGGUGCAAGGAGUCAUCGGCAGCUAUCACCCCCGAAACCUUCAAGAUGUGCUUCAAGGUGUGCGGCCUCAUGUUUGCGCUCGACGGUAGCGAGGACGACGCGUGGUGCACCCACAACUUGGUGAAGGCUACCGUGAGGUUCUAGUCCAG